AUGUCGGCUCCGCUCGGGCCCCGGGGCCGCCCGGUGGCCACCUCGGCGGCCUCGCAGCCUCCUCCUCAGCCCGAGAUGCCGGACCUCAGCCACCUCACGGAAGAGGAGCGGAAGAUCAUCCUGGCCGUCAUGGAUCGCCAGAAGAAAGAAGAGGAGAAGGAGCAGUCCGUGCUCAAGAUCAAAGAAGAACCCAAACCACAGCCGACACAGUGGUUUCCCUUUAGUGGGAUCACUGAACUGGUAAAUAACGUUCUUCAGCCCCAGCAAAAACAACAAAAUGAAAAGGAGCCCCAGACAAAACUGCAUCAACAAUUUGAAAUGUAUAAGGAACAAGUAAAGAAGAUGGGAGAAGAAUCUCAACAGCAGCAAGAACAGAAGGGCGAUGCCCCAACCUGCGGUAUCUGCCACAAAACAAAAUUCGCGGAUGGAUGCGGCCAUAACUGUUCUUAUUGCCAAACGAAGUUCUGCGCUCGUUGUGGAGGUCGAGUGUCAUUACGCUCAAACAAGGAGGACAAAGUGGUUAUGUGGGUAUGUAAUUUGUGCCGAAAACAACAAGAAAUCCUCACCAAAUCAGGAGCAUGGUUUUAUAACAGUGGGUCUAACACACCCCAGCAGCCGGAUCACAAGGUUCUUCGAGGGCUUCGGAAUGAGGAGGCUCCUCAGGAGAAGAAAGCAAAGCUGCAUGAGCAGACCCAGUUUCAAGGACCCUCAGGUGACUUAUCUGCACCGUUAGUGGAGAAAGCUCGAUCUCAUGGACUCACCAGACAGAAUUCUAUUAAAAAUGGGUCAGGAGGGAAGCACCCGAUCGCCAGUGACAUUCCUUCAGACAGGAAAAGAAGUCCAUCCGUGUCCAGGGAUCAAAAUCGAAGAUACGACCAGAGCGAAGAGAGAGAGGAAUAUUCACAGUAUGUCCCUUCAGACAGCACAAUGCCUAGAUCGCCGUCAGAUUAUGCUGAUAGACAAUCUCAACGUGAACCUCAGUUUUAUGAAGAGCCUGAUCAUUUAAAUUAUAGGGAUUCUUCCAGGAGAGGCCAUAGACAUUCCGAGGAGUAUCUUGUAGACGACGAGGAUGUGGAGAGCCGAGACGAGUCUGAAAGACAGAGGAGGGAGGAGGAGUACCAGGCACGCUACAGAAGCGAUCCGAAUCUGGCCCGGUAUCCCGUAAAGCCUCAGCCCUAUGAAGAACAAAUGCGGAUCCACGCGGAAGUGUCCCGAGCACGACAUGAGAGAAGGCACAGUGAUGUGUCUUUGGCAAAUGCUGAACUAGAAGAUUCCAGGAUUUCUCUGCUAAGGAUGGAUCGACCAUCAAGGCAAAGAUCUGUCUCUGAACGGAGAGCUGCGAUGGAAAAUCAACGAUCCUAUUCAAUGGAAAGAACUCGAGAGGCUCAGGGACACAGUGCUUAUCCACAAAGGACCACAAACCAUAGCCCUCCCACUCCCCGGCGCAGCCCUAUACCGGUCGAUAGACUGGACAUGCGGCGUGCCGACUCUCUGCGGAAACAGCACCACUUAGAUCCCGGCUCUGCCGUCAGGAAAACGAAACGGGAAAAAAUGGAAACCAUGUUAAGGAACGAUUCUCUGAGUUCAGACCAGUCGGAGUCAGUGAGGCCCCCGCCACCAAAGCCUCAUAAAUCCAAGAAAGGAGGUAAAAUGCGCCAGGUUUCGCUGAGCAGCUCCGAGGAGGAACUGGCGUCCACACCAGAGUACACCAGCUGUGACGAUGUUGAGAUCGAGAGCGAGAGCGUGAGUGAGAAAGGGGACAGUCAAAAGGGAAAAAGAAAAACUAGCGAGCAGGGAGUUUUGUCGGAUUCUAACACCAGGUCUGAGAGACAAAAGAAAACCAUGUACUGUGGUGGCCACUCCUUGGAAGAGGAUUUGGAAUGGUCCGAGCCCCGGAUUAAGGACUCUGGGGUAGAUACCUGUAGUAGCUCCACUCUAAACGAGGACCAUAGCCAUAGGGAGAAGCACCCUGUGACCUGGCAGCCAUCCAAAGAUGGAGAUCGCUUAAUUGGUCGUAUUUUAUUAAAUAAGCGUUUGAAAGAUGGGAGUGUACCUCGAGAUUCAGGAGCAAUGCUGGGCUUAAAGGUCGUGGGAGGGAAGAUGACUGAGUCAGGACGGCUUUGUGCGUUUAUUACCAAAGUGAAAAGAGGAAGCUUAGCUGACACCGUGGGGCACCUUAGACCAGGUGAUGAAGUUUUAGAAUGGAAUGGGAGGCUAUUGCAGGGAGCCACGUUUGAGGACGUUUACAACAUCAUCCUAGAGUCCAAACCUGAACCCCAAGUUGAGCUUGUUGUUUCGAGGCCGAUUGGAGAUAUACCUAGAAUACCUGAUAGCACACAUGCACAGCUGGAAUCCAGUUCUAGCUCAUUUGAAUCUCAAAAAAUGGAUCGUCCUUCUAUAUCCGUUACCUCUCCCAUGAGUCCUGGCAUGUUAAGGGACGUCCCGCAGUUCUUGUCUGGACAGCUUUCAAUAAAACUAUGGUUUGACAAGGUUGGUCACCAGUUGAUAGUCACCAUUCUGGGUGCAAAGGAUCUCCCUUCCAGGGAAGAUGGGAGGCCACGGAAUCCUUAUGUUAAAAUUUACUUUCUUCCAGACAGAAGUGAUAAAAACAAGAGGCGAACAAAGACAGUGAAGAAAGCGCUGGAGCCCAAAUGGAACCAGACCUUCAUUUACUCCCCUGUCCACCGAAGAGAGUUCCGGGAGCGGAUGCUGGAGGUCACCCUUUGGGAUCAAGCUAGGGUUCGGGAAGAAGAGAGCGAAUUCUUAGGAGAGAUCUUGAUAGAACUGGAAACCGCGCUACUAGACGAUGAACCUCACUGGUACAAACUCCAGACCCACGACGUCUCCUCACUGCCCCUCCCUCACCCUUCUCCAUAUUUGCCACGAAGACAGCUCCAUGGGGAGAGCCCGACACGCAGGUUACAAAGGUCUAAGAGAGUGAGCGACAGUGAGGUGUCCGACCUCGACUGUGACGACAGCGUCGGGGUCGUGUCUGAUUAUCGUCACGAUGCUCGAGACCUUCAAAGCUCCACAUUAUCAGUGCCAGAACAAGUGAUGUCAUCAAACCAUUGUUCCCCAUCAGGGUCUCCUCAUCGAGUAGAUGCUAUAGGGAGGACUAGGUCAUGGUCACCGAGCGUCCCUCCUCCACAAAGUAGGAACGUGGACCAGGGGCUGCGAGGGACACGUGCUCCUGGUCACUACAAUACGAUUAGCCGGAUGGACAGACACCGGGUCGUGGAUGACCAUUACUCUCCAGACAGAGACAGGGAUUGUGAAGCAGCAGAUAGACAGCCAUAUCACAGAUCCAGAUCAACAGAACAGCGGCCUCUCCUAGAGCGGACCACCACCCGCUCCAGAUCCUCUGAACGUCCUGAUACAAACCUCAUGAGGUCGAUGCCUUCAUUAAUGACUGGAAGAUCUGCCCCUCCUUCACCUGCCUUAUCGAGGUCCCACCCUCGGACCGGGUCUGUCCAGACUAGCCCAUCCAGUACUCCUGUAACAGGACGGCGGGGCCGGCAGCUGCCGCAGCUCCCACCCAAGGGAACGUUGGAGAGAAGUGCUAUGGAUAUAGAGGAGAGAAAUCGUCAAAUGAAAAUUAACAAAUACAAACAGGUAGCCGGAUCAGAUCCCAGACUGGAGCAAGAUUUCCAUUCGAAGUACCGAUCAGGAUGGGACCCACAUAGAGGGGCAGACACUGUCUCCACUAAGUCCUCUGGCAGUGAUGUGAGUGAAGGGUCUGCCGUGUCCAGGACUAGUAGUGCCUCUCGUUUCAGCAGCACAAGCUACGUGUCCGUCCAGUCAGAGCGGCCGAGAGCAGACAGAAGAAUCAGUGUCUUUACAUCCAAAAUGCAAAGCAGACAGAUGGGCAUGUCAGGGAAGAGCAUGACCAAGAGCAGCAGCAUCAGUGGAGACAUGUGCUCACUGGAGAAGAAUGACGGCAGCCAGUCGGACACCGCGGUGGGCACCUUGGGGACCAGUGGCAAGAAGCGACGCUCUAGCAUUGGGGCCAAAAUGGUAGCUAUUGUUGGUCUCUCCCGGAAAAGCCGCAGUGCGUCUCAACUCAGCCAAACCGAAGCAGGGGGUAAAAAGCUCCGGAGCACUGUCCAGAGAAGCACGGAAACCGGCCUGGCGGUGGAGAUGAGGAACUGGAUGACCCGGCAGGCUAGCCGGGAAUCCACAGACGGCAGCAUGAACAGCUACAGCUCCGAAGGAAACCUGAUUUUCCCUGGUGUCCGCCUGGCCUCUGACAGCCAGUUCAGCGAUUUCCUCGACGGCCUGGGCCCUGCUCAGCUAGUGGGACGCCAGACCCUGGCUACUCCUGCGAUGGGUGACAUUCAAGUGGGAAUGAUGGACAAAAAGGGACAGUUGGAGGUGGAAAUCAUUCGGGCUCGCGGCCUUGUUGUAAAACCAGGUUCCAAGACACUGCCAGCACCGUAUGUCAAGGUGUAUCUGUUAGACAACGGAGUCUGCAUAGCCAAAAAGAAGACGAAGGUGGCGAGGAAGACGCUGGAGCCCCUGUAUCAGCAGCUCUUGUCCUUCGAGGAGAGCCCCCAGGGGAAGGUGUUACAGAUCAUUGUCUGGGGAGAUUACGGCCGCAUGGACCACAAAUCCUUCAUGGGAGUGGCCCAGAUACUUUUAGAUGAACUGGAACUGUCCAAUAUGGUCAUUGGGUGGUUCAAACUCUUCCCUCCCUCCUCCCUGGUGGACCCCACCUUGGCACCUCUGACGAGAAGGGCUUCCCAGUCAUCUCUGGAAAGUUCCACUGGACCUUCGUACUCUCGUUCCUAGCGACCGCAGAGCCGCUGCUGCCUCUACCAGCGACGCGCAGGUCGGAAGCCCUGGCAACACUGCAUGCUUAAUGUUGUGUCCUUGGAGCCCACGUCUAGGGCUACAAAGCGACCCUGUGUCCUCAGAGGGAGUCGUCCGCACUGUGCCCUAGCGAAGGCCCUCAGGUGAAGGAGCAGAGCUGAGAAGAACUGUCGGGUUUGGAGUUCAGUGACACCCGAGAUCCAGUCCAAUCUGAAGCCAUGGAUUAAUCUCAAAGAAUCAUCAGCCCCUUUCAAUGCACCUUUAUAUUUUUAUCGUUUUUCUUCGUUUCUCUGACCCCAAAGCCUGGUAUGCCACAGAAUGGAGCUCUACAGCCAUUAAGCCACACUGCAGGCCAAGGAGCAAAGUCUAGGAAGUGUCAGGUGAAAAGCAAGAGACCAAAGAAGUGGCUGGAGCAGAGUCGGCUCCGGCAGGGAGACUGGGAGACUCUGGGGAGCUCCGGGAGCAUGGCGUUCGCUGAUGCGGCCAUGGUUGGACUCUGGAAAUCCGAAGUCUGUGACUGCACUGCACUGGAUGAAAUCAAAGAAACUUUUCUGCAUGGACACAGAUAGCUGAAUAUUUAAAUUAUUUUCUCGGGGCUGCAACUUGCAAAAAAAAAUAAUAAAAUAAAAUAAAAAUCAGCCAUUUUCAACAAUUUAUAUUAUUUUUAAAAAUAAAUUUCACUAGUGCAUGGUUUUAAAAUGGGAGCGAAUGCAGCAGGGUGAUACCAAGACACACCAUGUUUAUUCUCUACUCUCAGUCUGUGUUUUGGCAGACAUUACCAAUGGAAAUACUUUCUAGCAGAUACUGAAAAUCCUCUUUAUGUGACAAUAGUAUACUAUACUCCAUUUAUUUCCAUGUUAAAUACACAGAUCUUACGAAGCUCAACAUGUGCAGGUUUUCACGUCUUUCCUCCUCUUCUCUGUCUCACUUUUCACCUCCUCUUUCCUUUCUCUCCUCCGGAGUAACCCGCACACUAAUACCCUCCAAGUCUUUGACCUGACCCCAUAUUUGGUUCAGAGCCCAGAUGCAUCUGAAUUGGUGGAUUUCUCACGUCUGUUCGGGAGCUCUCUCUAUCUCAGGCAUGUUGGAAGGAUCCACAACAUGACUGGGAUAUAGAGCAAGUCAGCACGUGUUUGACAAAGAGGAUGUUUGAACAUUCGAAGUUUAUUCGACAGUGCAUGGGAAUUCUCUUUUCACCUCAAACCUCAGUUUCCAGGCCCCUAAAGUCAUGUGGCGCCGUCCCGUCUCACGGAUUUGUUUUCAGCACCAGCAUUACUCACACGGGGGUUAAGCAUUGUUUGUAGGCCUUAGGUUGUGUUUGUUUUCUAAUUCGUCGGAACAGUUUCUUUAGCUGAUUUCCGUUUACUAUGUGAAUAGAUACACGGCCGACUAUGUGGAGCCCUGAAACACAGGGCUGUUUAUUAAUUCAUUUUUCUGUAGGAAAAUUCAAUUUUUCACAAAUUAUAUUUCUAAAGAAAUAUAGUAAACAUAAAUUUGCAAGAAUUUUAAAGCUCCAAUAUUUGGGUGACUCCAAGUCAAUAUGAUGCCUCUUACUAGUUAUCCGAUGCCAUCACCGAACAUCUACACACAAACCCUCAAGGCAAACCGCGCCUUUGGUCUACGGGCAGUUUCUACCUUGAGUGGCGCUGCAAGGUCCACUUUCUCUCCAGGUCCCUAAGCGAGGAAAUGUCACUGGUCAUCAUAAGCCACCCAUCCUUCCCGUUCCUUAUGUAGGCUUUGGUUCCACACCCUUAGGAAUUGGUGUUAACCCCUUGCAAUGAUUUUCUGAAGUCCGUCUCCAUCCGCUGAUUUAAAUGGAGGCCAUGCACACCGAAAUAUGUUCUUCGUUUCUCCUUUCACAUCCAACACUGACCACUGCAAACCGCCAUGCUUGAUUGACACGGUGCAGAAGUGGAGACGAGCUGUCACUCACAAUGCCUUCUCUUUAUGUGGUGCAACAUGAGCUAGCUACACCCAGACCGUGUCUUGAUUUUCCGAGACCUA